UGCCGGGACGGGGAGCCAGGCUUCCUAGUUAGCCGGGUCACUGACUCCUCCGCGCUUUCCUCGUGCGCCUGCAGCCCUUGGUUCUUGGAAACGCCGGCGCCUUGUUCAGGGCUGGUGGGGCUGGGGCGCAAGGUGCAGCUGACAAUGCCCGAGAGGAGCCGCAGCCUCUGGUGGAGUUCGGUCGGGUGUGGGGGUAGUCAGGGAAAGAAGCAAAGGGAAUACCUCCUCUGAAAAAUGGCAGAAGCAGUUUUCCAUGCCCCAAAGAGGAAAAGAAGAGUGUAUGAGACUUACGAGUCUCCAUUGCCAAUCCCUUUUGGUCAGGACCAUGGUCCUCUGAAAGAGUUCAAGAUAUUCCAUGCUGAAAUGAUUAACAACAAUGUGAUUGUGAGGAAUGCAGAGGACAUUGAGCAGCUCUAUGGGAAAGGUUAUUUUGGAAAAGGUAUUCUUUCAAGAAGCCGUCCAAGCUUCACAAUUUCAGAUCCUAAACUGGUUGCUAAAUGGAAAGAUAUGAAGACAAACAUGCCUAUCAUCACAUCAAAGAGGUAUCAGCAUAGUGUUGAGUGGGCAGCAGAGCUGAUGCAUAGACAGGGGCAGGAUGAGAGUACAGUGCACAGAAUCCUCAAGGAUUACACGAAACCGCUUGAGCAUCCUCCUGUGAAAAGGAAUGAAGAGGCUCAAGUGCAUGACGAGCUUAACUCUGGAAUGGUUUCCAACAUGGAAGGCCCAGCAGGGGGAGAGAGGCCUUCUGUGGUAAACGGGGACUCUGGAAAGUCAGGUGGUGUGGGUGAUCCCCGUGAGCCAUUAGGCUGCCUGCAGGAGGGCUCUGGCUGCCACCCAACAACAGAGAGCCUUGAGAAAAGCGUGCGAGAGGACGCCUCACCUCUGCCCCACGUCUUUUGCUGCAAACAAGAUGCUCUCAUCCUCCAGCGUGGCCUUCAUCAUGAAGACGGCAGGCAGCACAUCGGCCUCCUGCAUCCUGGGGACAGAGGGCCUGACCAUGAGUACGUGCUGGUCGAGGAAGCGGAGUGUGCCAUGAGCGAGAGGGAGGCUGCCCCAAAUGAGGAAUUGGUGCGAAGAAACAGAUUAAUAUGCAGAAGAAAUCCAUAUAGGAUCUUUGAGUAUUUGCAACUCAGCCUAGAAGAGGCCUUUUUCUUGGUCUAUGCUCUGGGAUGUUUAAGUAUUUACUAUGAGAAGGAGCCUUUAACGAUAGUGAAGCUCUGGAAAGCUUUCACGGUAGUUCAGCCCACGUUCAGAACCACCUACAUGGCCUACCAUUACUUUCGAAGCAAGGGCUGGGUGCCCAAAGUGGGACUCAAGUACGGGACAGAUUUAUUGCUAUAUCGGAAAGGCCCUCCAUUUUACCAUGCAAGUUAUUCUGUCAUUAUUGAGCUAGUUGAUGACCAUUUUGAAGGCUCUCUCCGCAGGCCUCUCAGUUGGAAGUCCCUGGCUGCCUUGAGCAGAGUUUCCGUUAAUGUCUCUAAGGAACUUAUGCUGUGCUAUUUGAUUAAACCCUCUACUAUGACUGACAAGGAAAUGGAGUCACCAGAAUGUAUGAAAAGGAUUAAAGUUCAGGUAGCCUGUGACCCCCUGGCCAGGCCAGGACUUCUCACAGGUCUCAUUCCCAGAGACCAGAGGUGUCCCUGUUGCCUUGUUCCUGCUUCUGGGCUUCUGUAUUGAACCAAGGCGCCUCCUGUCAUCUUGGCUUGUUUCUCUCCGGUCUGGCCGAGUUGUCUAGUGUGUGUCCGUGUUUCUGCAUUGCCUCCCUCUGCGUGUAGAGCCUUAACGUUGCCAUGGCUCCUCCCAACAUCCAGUAUGUCUUUGUUGUCAUCCUGUCUUCUUUUCACACCACCCUGCCCCCUGCAGACCUGCUGUCGGUCUCCAGGGCCCCAGCACCUCUUCCCUUCAGUUGGUCCCACUUAUCUCCACUAGGCUAGUUUUUCAUAAAAUGCUCAUCAACCUCAUUUCUCCCUUCUCAGUAGCUGGCCCAGUUACAGCAAUGCCAUCACAGACCUAGCUCUAAUGUAAAAUGCUAGCUUUCAUCCCGCCCACCUGUUUCUGAAAUGUGCUAGUAGAAUACCACAGCAGAGGCAAGCUUAGCUGUUAAAAUCUUUGCCUGGUGAAAGUAGAUACUAUAUGCUUGUAAGGUUUAUAUUGUUACAUUCAUUUUCUCCAGAUGUUUCUGUUCUAAAGGUGGGAACAGUAUCAUCAUUAUAUAGACCGCCCUUUGUGAAAUGCAGCUGUGGUGUCAGCUGUGGUGUCAGAAUGGUCUUACAUUUCUGUUUUAAGAAAUGGUCUUUUUUUUUUUAUUGGUUGCAGGAGGUGAUUCUGAGUCGAUGGGUUUCUUCACGAGAGAGGAGUGACCAAGAUGAUCUUUAACAAUUCAACCUCAAAUUUCUAAUUUCACUAACAACUAUUUAUUGAGGGCUAGGUAAAAAGUUCUUUUUGUUGUAAUCGUCCAUUAAUUUAUAAGUUUUAAAGGGCAUGGUGCUCCCAGCACCAGAAAACUAUCAGUGUUUUUAAAGAUAAAUUACACAAGGGAGGAGAAAGAUCCCUGUGCUAGGACUGCAGAUUCUAUACUUGCGUUGGCCUCUAACUCUCCAAUCCAGAGCCUCCUGCCUCUGGCGUCAGUCUGUGCCCUCAUCCACUCACUGGGGAGGUUGGACUAGAUGAGUCCUGAGAGGACACUUCCAACAAGAGACAUUUAUUCUCUGAUUUUACCUGAAAAUGGUAGUAGUUUACAUUUAUACAGUACAAUUUAUGAAGCACUUUCAUACACAGGCAUCUCUUACCUACAUCUAAGCUGUUCCCGAAAGAGUGUUACAGAACACAACAGUAUUGUACAAUAUUCGAUAAGCAUAUCUUCAUUGCACUUGUUAUAAAAAUGAGUGGUGAAAUAAAGUUUGGAGACAUAAUGAAAGCAAUUAACGUUUGGCAAAAUAUAAUAAAGCCUUUUUGUAAUUGGUGAGAAA